AUGAGUGGCGUCUUCAGUCCUAAUACAGAGAUAACUGAGAAACGAGAUCAUAUAGUAGCAAGAGUUGGGUCACAAAAUUCCAGUAAUACCACAGUGGACAACACUGUCAGUCAGCCAGCAGAAUCUGCUUCACUUAAGCCAGGACGUAUGAAAGCGUUACCAGGAAUGAAACUCACUCCGCUAGAGCAACAAGUUGUAGCCAUAAAGAAUAAGCAACCAGAUGUUGUUCUUUUUGUGGAGUGUGGAUACAAAUAUAGGUUUUUUGGAAACGAUGCAGAAAUUGCUGCCAAGGAGCUGAAUAUUAUUGCACAUCUAGAUCAUAGCUUCAUGACUGCAAGCAUUCCCACUCACCGCCUCCAUGUACAUGUCCGAAGACUUGUUGCGAAAGGUUAUAAAGUUGGAGUUGUAAAACAAACAGAAACUGCAGCUCUGAAAGCAGCGGGUAGCAAUAAAAGUGCACCAUUUGAACGUGAACUUACAGCAUUAUAUACGCGCUCUACACUUAUCGGUGAAGAUGUAACGCCUGCAGCAGGGGCAGAAGGUGUUGGCGAUGGGGACCUUGCAGAAGGAGCAACAGCAAUGCUGCUGGUAGUACAUGAAGGCAAAAGUUCCUCUGGAAAGGAAGGCACAAUUGGUAUUUCAGUUAUUGCCGUCCAACCAAGUACUGGAGAUAUUAUAUACGACACUUUUGAUGAUUCGUCUACAAGGACAGAACUUUGGUGUCAUUUGGACCAUAUUCAGCCCGUUGAAGCUUUAGUAUCUAACAAUAUAUCUGAUAUCACAGUUCGAGCCAUAACAGCAGCUACCACAAAAAAUGAAGACUGCAUUCGAAUUGAGAGGUUGGACGAGGCAAAGUUUGAGUAUUCAGAAUCUUUAAAACGUGUAUGUGAGUUAUUUGCUGGUGAGGAAGAAAAGAUUAAGCAUAUAUCAGGACUGCCGUCAGAUGUUGUCAGCUGCCUUGGGGCAGCUCUUCAGUAUCUUGCUGAGUUCAAACUAGACCGUAUAAUCAAAAUGGCUGGAUCAGUUUGUAGGUAUAGCUCAAGCAGCAAUUACAUGAGACUUUCAGGUGCCACCCUGCGUAACCUGGAGGUGCUGACCAAUGCUGUUGAUGGUGGGAUAACAGGCAGCUUGUUGUGGGCUCUUGAUAAAACACAAACCAAGUUUGGUUCUAGACUCCUUCGUCGGUGGAUAAUUCAGCCAUUAUUAAACAUCGAAGAGAUUAAGGAACGCCAGGAUAUGAUUGAGGAGUUGAUGAUCUCUGAUGCUCCUGUUUUAAAUAAACUGAAGAGUUUACUCUGUAAACUGCCAGAUUUUGAGAGAGCUCUAACAACCAUUUUUCAUAAAAAGUGCAGUCCUCAUGAAUUCUGGCUGGCUGUGGAAGGACUAAGUCAGGUUCAGGCAGGAUUAUCAAGAGUCAGUGGCAAUAUAGAUGACAGUGUUAAGACUCCUGGACUGAUAUCCCUGCUACAAGAAGUUCUUGAUGGCCUUCUUAAUGUUGAAGCAUUUGCUAGUAACAUUAAUGAAGUCAGUGCCAGAGAAGGAAAAAAAACGAGUCUCUUCAAAGAUUUCUCCGAAUUUCCUGAAGUUGUAAAGAAGCAACAGGAAAUAGCUGAUGUGGAACAAGAACUUAACAGUCUUAAACCAGAAAUUUCCAAGGUACUAAAAAUUCCAAGUUUCAACUACACAACAGUGUCAGGUCUUGAAUAUCUCAUUGAAGUAAAAAAUUCACAACUAAAAGCUGUUCCAAAGAACUGGGCAAAAAUCAGCUCAACCAAGGCUUGUUGCAGAUUUAGGUCGCCUGAAAUUGAAAAGCUUUUCACUAAACUGCAGCAGCUACGAGAGCAGCUACAAGCAGCAUGUCAUGAGGCAUGGCUUGAAGUCCUAGAAUUGUUUUCUAGUCAGUACCAGCGUCAUCGUCAGGCAGUCAAAUGUCUUGCUACUCUUGAUGCUCUGACAUCUUUAGCAAAUGUAGCAAAAUCUCAGGGAUAUUGUAGACCCAAGCUCCAUGCCAUUGAGAGUGGGAAAAGGAUACUGAAGAUUAUUGAAGGAAGGCAUCCCAUUGUUUCUCAGUUAAAGAUGGGAGAUGAGCAGUAUGUUGCUAAUGAUACCCAUUUAAAGGUUGAUGGUCAACGAAUCAUGCUUGUGACUGGACCAAAUAUGGGUGGAAAGUCAUGCUACAUGCGGCAAGUUGCACUCAUAGCCCUUAUGUCCCAGAUUGGAAGUUAUGUACCUGCAGUGUCAGUAGAAAUGUCAGUUUUGGAUGCAAUAUAUACCAGAAUGGGGGCAGCAGAUGAAAUCUACACAGGAAGAAGUACCUUUAUGGUUGAAGUUGGAGAAACUGCCGACAUUAUGAAGGAAGCAACGACAAAUUCUCUGGUGAUUUUGGAUGAAUUGGGACGAGGAACUGCUACACAUGAUGGUGUAGCUAUUGCCAUGGCAGCACUUGACUACUUUCUUAACCAGGUGAAGUGUCUGACUAUAUUUGUGACCCACUACCUGCCUCUCACUGAAUUUGAGUUGCUGUAUCCAGAGCAUGUUGGUAACUUCCACAUGUCUUUCAUUGUUAAUGAAGAAGGUGAAGGCAUUGAUGUUGUGACCUUCUUGUAUCAACUGACCUCGGGAAGUGCAGGCCAAAGUUACGGGUUGAAUGUGGCACGUCUUGCUCGGGUACCACAUCCCAUACUGUUAAAAGCUGCAGAAAAAUCCAAGCAACUAGAAAAGAUAUGCAGUAUGAGAAGAAAAGAAAAAGAGAUAUUCCAAAAACUUGUCCAGUCAACUGAGAACACAAGAGAGCUGCUGCAAGAGCUCAAGAGGUUAAGUGAAUAAACUCGUCACUAUUGUUCAGGAAAUGACAUGGAAGUCCAGAAGAAGCAUCCCUGAAACAGAUCUGAAUUCAGUCAUCAGUGUCUGUUUUAUGUUAAAUAUUUUAUCAGUGUUAUUAUUAGUAUCAUGUAUUUUCCAAAACAUUUUCAGGUAAAAUUAUUUAAAUAUAAUUAUUAUUUAAAAUAUUUUGAUAAUUAAUAUACUGAAUUCCUUGUAAAUUAUUAUAUGUAAAGUAAGACUGCAUUGUUUUGCAGGAGUUGAAUAUCCACAUCAGUUUAAGAUUUCCUUGCAAAUUGUUGGAUGCUAUAAGUGAAAUUUUUAUAACUAAUUUUAGAUUGUGAUUAGUUUACUUAGUUUGAUCCAUUCAUUAGAAUACAUGUCCUGUAGUUGGUGUUAAACAUAUUUGUAGGAAUUUUUUAUGCCCAGUUCAGAAUUACAGUGUGGUGUUACAAAUUUUGAAGCUCCCUUCUUAUCAGGUGUAACCAAAAGAGUUUUGUUAAUGAUGUAGCUGUGGAGGCUACAAUAAAUUCAAAAUACUAUAGUCAAAGAUGCUGCAAGAAACAAGAUAAAAUUUAAAGAUUAAAAAUUUUGAUAACC